AUGGUUGAAUCGAAUGAAUCGUACAAUUGUUUAUGUCUAGAUAAUAGUUACGUUUUCCAGGUGGAAGUGUACAAUAAUAAAAAUGACAAUGACGAUAAGAAAUUUUUCAAAAUUGGUAGUAAAAAAAUUCCAUUUGAGAAAUUAAAAAUUAGACAACUUGCGAAGUUAAUCUCAAAUAAUGAAAAGUUACCUGACAAAUUGAAUCUUUGGAAAGUUGACUUUGAUGAAAGUAAACUUAAUCCUAAUUCUACUGAAGACAAUAUUAAAAACCUUGGAGGUGUAUUUAUGACAAAUCAAAGCAAGUUUAUAAAAUAUUUUCCAGAUGAAUAUUAUCUUAGUGAUGAAGAAAACAUCAACAUCGUUGUUGUCAUCGCAACUACCAUUGAGCUUGAGAGAAAAAGACCUUUCAUGGAAGAGGAAACUACAAUCACAAAAAGAGAAAUGAGAAGCUGGACAGUUAAUUAUACUCUCAGGCAAGAAGAUCAUGGUAUAUUCUACUAUGUUAAACCAAUUGGAAAUGAUGAACUUCUUAAGAUGAUUCAAACGGCUUAUCCCAGACUAGAGGAUGUUGGUGUACUUCGGAAAGUGUUUAAAACAAUAUUCGAUACUGAAGAAUAUACAUUUUGUGGGAUCAGUAACGAGCUUUCGCUCAUGGGAAGCCCAGUCAAUGACGGUGUACUCUCAAAGUUUUAUAAUAACAAAACCAAUCUUAAUAAAGACAACUAG